CAUUUGAAUGGAGCGGGGGGUGCUCAUGGAGGCACCUUUUUUGGUUAAGCAUUUUCAAACGUGGGUGCCUAAAGUCUCCAUCCUCUGAGCAUGUUUUGUUGCUGUACUGUCUGUCUGUUUGGGGAGUUGGCCAAGUUGACUUUUAAUGCCAAUUUGCAAAAAGACAGAAAGUCAAAAAAAUCAGCUUGGAAGUUUAGCCUUGACCUCACCCAUCCUGUAGAAGAUGGAAUAUUUGAUUCUGGAAAUUUUGAACAGUUCCUAAAGGAGAAGGUUAAGGUCAAUGGAAAAACUGGAAACCUGGGGAAUGUAGUUCACAUUGAACGUUUUAAGAACAAGAUCUCAGUCAUAUCUGAGAAGCAGUUCUCUAAAAGGUAUUUGAAGUAUCUCACAAAGAAAUAUCUCAAGAAGAACAAUCUUCGUGACUGGCUUCGUGUGGUCGCAUCUGAUAAGGAGACAUAUGAGCUGCGCUACUUCCAAAUCAGUCAAGAUGAGGAAGGAUCAGAGUCUGAGGAAUAAAUGAAGCUUUUACUGAAAGCUUUAUACUCUUAAACAGCGUACAAAAGACUAAACAUCUAUUUAUGAAAGCACUUUAACUUAUUGGUGAAUAAAGGUUUUGUACACUGUUUCAAAAAAAGUUCCUGCUGAAA